AUGAGGCGCUCAGGAGCUCCCAGUCAGCUGGGUAAUGCUGUGAAAAAGCCUCGAUUUAUGCCACCUGGAGCAUCUGCUUCACUCACUGCAGCUGGAUCGAAGCCUGCUGGACUCAAUGCACUGCAUAAGGUCCAGAGAUGUCUUGUUGCCCCAGUUGUGGAGAAAACUUCAUGUAACCUUCAGCCUAAAGCUGCUCCAACUGCUCCCACCUUGUCCAAGGCCCUGGCUCGUGUCCUCAGUGCAACUGAAACCAAAGAAAAUGAGACACAUGAUCCAAAUCUUUUGUUGGAAGACCUUUCGGGUGACAAGAUAACAACAGGAUUGAAUGACCGCCCUCAGUUUACUCACGGGUCCCUUCAGACACCGCCGGCUCCUGCAGCCACCAACUCCAGCUGCAGUCAGGGUGACGCUCGUUACUUCAGUGUGGUGUGGUGUAAAGCCAGUAAGAAGAAACAUAAACGCUGGGAGGGCGACGCGGUGCUGGUGACGAGAGGACGCACUGUCACACUGAAAGACAUGGAGGGCAAAGAUAUUGGAAAGGGUAGUGGCUACAAAGUGUCUCAGUUGGCCUCACUGUCUGAGGGAGAGACUCUGAUGGUCGGUGGGAAGGAGGUGGAGGUGAUGGGGAUCAUUUCUGCUGAGGACUUCGCUAAAGGCCGCUGUUUCCAGGAGGUUCAAGCUGAGCAGGAGUCGGUGUCACAUGCGAGGUCCGCUCCUCCCCCCUUUCGACGCGUGACCCCCAAACCGUUCUGUCCACCAGCAAUGUCAGGCAACGCAGAACACCGAGCACCCCGACCAGAGGAAGAACAUACUUAUAAACCUCGACAUGACCCUCUAGCACCCGGUGCUCUGGUGAUGCCUCGUCCCUCUGCCAACCACCAGUGGUCCAAUAACAAGUCAGGCCUUCCUUUAGUAGACGUUGUGGUGGAUCCGCACCUGACCACCCACCUGCGGCCGCACCAGAGAGACGGCCUGCUCUUCCUCUAUGAAUGUGUUAUGGGCAUGAGAGUUGUUGGUCGCUAUGGUGCCAUCCUGGCUGACGAGAUGGGUCUGGGAAAGACUCUGCAGAGCGUGGCACUGAUCUGGACAUUGCUGAAACAGGGACCUUAUGGAGGGAAGCCUGUUGCUAAACGUGUCCUGGUGGUCACGCCAGGAAGCCUCGUGCAGAACUGGUCCGCAGAGUUUAACAAGUGGCUGGGCUGUGAGAGGAUCAAGGUUUUUACAGUGGACCAGGACCACAGGAUCGAGCAGUUCGUGAUCUCCCCUCUUCACAGUGUCCUGGUGAUCAGUUAUGAAAUGCUGCUGCGCUGCCUGGAGCAGGUGCAGAAAGUGCAGUUUGGUCUUGUAAUUUGUGAUGAGGGUCACAGACUGAAGAACAGCAACAUCAAAACGUCCUUGGCCAUCAACAGCCUCAGCUGUAAUCGCAGAGUCAUACUCACAGGCACUCCGGUACAGAACGACCUGCAGGAGUUUUAUGCAAUCAUAGAGUUUGUUAAUCCAGGAAUUCUUGGAUCAUCAACCGGAUAUAGAAAAGUGUACGAAGAGCCGAUCUUACGCUCCAGACAGCCAUCCUGCAGCGAGGAGGAGAGGGUUCUGGGUGAAGAGCGAGCGGCCGAACUCUCUCGCCUGACUGGCAUGUUCAUCCUGAGGAGAACGCAGGAGAUCAUCAACCGCUACUUGCCUCCUCGCCUCGACUGGACGCUUUUCUGCGAGCCGUCGACUCUGCAGCAGGAGCUGUACACCCAGCUGCUCUGCCACCGGGUCUUCAGGGCCUGCCUUCAGGGAUCCACUCAGACGCACACACACCUGGCCUGCAUCACCGCACUGAAGAAGCUCUGCAACCAUCCUGCUCUGCUUCACUUCACCGUCAAGGAAAAAACAGACAGUGGGUCUGUAGAGAGUUCAAUAUACGAAGGCCUGGUCGACGUCUUCCCAGAAUCCUAUUCUUCUGGCACAUUCAAUGCUGCAGACUCUGGAAAGCUGCUGGUUCUUUCUGACCUGCUCGCUGCCAUCAGACAGCUCAGCCCUUCCGACAGGGUGGUGGUCGUGUCAAAUUACACCCAGACGCUCGACAUGCUGCAGGACCUGUGUGCUCAUGCGGGCUACACCUUCUGCCGGCUGGAUGGACAGACGCCCACAAGCCAGCGACAGCGGCUGGUCGACAGUUUUAAUAGUCCUUAUUCUCAAAACUUCCUGUUUCUGCUGAGCUCCAAAGCGGGUGGGGUGGGGCUUAAUCUGAUCGGAGCCUCGCACCUGGUGCUGUACGACAUCGACUGGAACCCAGCCAAUGACAUUCAGGCCAUGGCUCGGGUGUGGAGAGACGGGCAGAAAAAGACGGUGCACAUCUACCGCCUUCUCACUGCAGGUACCAUUGAGGAGCGUAUAUUUCAGAGACAGGUCUCAAAACAGGGGCUUUCUGGAACCGUGGUUGACCUGGGGAAAGGGACAGAGCACGCCAGCUUCUCCAUCAGUGAGCUUCGAGAUCUCUUCAGUCUGUCUGACACGCCCUGUCUCACCCACGACCUGCUGAACUGUGACUGCAGUCUGGACGGAACAGUCAACGCACUUUCAGAGGAGGAAGAGCCAGUCCACGACCGGCCGUGCCAGCUGGGUCGCCAGGGUGACCGCAGGGGGGCAGCGGGAGCGACGCAGAAACACCUGAGCAUGUCCGAGCUCAUGCAGUGGAGACACUUCUCUGGUGACACACACACUUUCUCAGACCCCUACCUCGAUCUCGCGCGAAACCACAUCACAUUCGCCUUCCAGACCACCAUCUCCCACGCGACUCAGUGAACUCUCGAUACACACGCACCCUCUUCUUGUUUGUCUUUAGGCCCGCUGGGCUUUGUCAGCCGAGACUCAAUGAGUGACUGAACAUCCAGCGACUGCUGUAUUUAACAAUUUCUGAUGUU